GAGAGAGAGAGCUGUGGAGAUGAGCUGUAGAGACGAAAAGCCUCUGCUGUUGAGAGCCAGUGAGACGCUGGAGGGCUGCAAGAGGAGACGCAGGUCCAAAAGAGAGGUUGAGGGGCUUCAGAGACAGGAGCGGGGUGGUAAAAGGUAGAAAAAAGGAGACAGGGCGAUAACAUCAGAAACGGGAAACGAGGCUCGGGUGGUUUGAGAAUGAGCUGCAAGUGGGAGCAAAUCGGAUAAAAGUUGGAGAGAAAACGGCAGGAGUGGGAAGCGAAGACAGAUCGGGGAGAUACUGCCGAAGUUGAUGUCAAAAGUGGGAGGAGAUUUAUGGCAAAAGAGAAGGAAGCUCUCGCUAUCUCAGGAGUCCGUCCCCCCCGUGCUUCUCGUGGACAUCACCCGUCAGCAUGUUCUCUGACAGCAGAGCUCCGGUGGCCAAGGAGCACAGAGCCUUCAAGCCUCACGCCCCUCACUUCAUCCCGUGGCUACGCAACAGCCUCAAGUCCCAGCAAAGCGUUGACCUGGGGCUCAACGGGCCCUACAAAUCCAAUCCCGAGCUCCACGACAACCUGGCCCCUCUGGAGAGAACCAAAGGGAUCGGGAUUUUCUCCAUCCCAGGGAAGAACAAGACGAAGAAGAGCGAGCUGCGUUGCAACGGCGUCGGAAUGGCCAGGAUGCUGCCCGUGGUGCUGAGGGGCCACCACAUCUUGGGAAAACAGAAGGAAGGCAGUCCCGCCAAGUCCAAGCAGUCUUCGGAGGUGGAACUCGAUCCCAUUAGCCUCGGCGGCGCUCCCACGCCUGGCUCCCCGGUCACAAAAUACGGGCCUCUUGUGGGAAGUCCCCCGGUUCCUACUUCCGCUCUUCUAACUGAAGGUUCAGACUCUAAGGUUGGCGUCUGCAUGGAGGAAAGCAGGGAAGAUGUUUGGGACUACACCGGCCAUGUUAUUCAUCAGAGAGACCUGCAGUCAUCUGUGUGGCUCAGCUCAAACCCUCAGGGAUCAUCGAAAGAUGGACAGCGUGGCUUCAGAUCUAGUUUCAGCUACAUCAGCAGGAACUGUCAGAGCCAAAGGGACCUGAGCGCGCUCAGAGAACCACCUGCGGAGGGCUCCGGUGCCCCGCUCAAUGGAGUCAUCUUUUCCACCGAGGUUCCUCACAAAGGUCUGGGCUUUACCACCACUCUGCGAGGUCCAGGGAAACACGGCAAGCGCAUUCCAGCGUUGGGCGCGAGCCAGGCCAGGUGGCUCCGGCACAAACCAAAGAGUCAGGAGGACUCACAGAGGACGGGGACGGAGUGCAAUCGAAAAAUGGUUCGGAACCAGCUCAAACGGGUGGUGGAUAACCUGGAGCAGGUUCUGACUGCACUGAGGGAUGUUCAACAGGAAAUGAAAGAGGUAGUUCAUCAGAUCGACUAUCUGACCUCCUGCAUCGACCUGGAUGAAGAAGAACAGCACCAGUCAGCAGGAGGCGAGAGCUGCUCCUCUUCUGGCUCUAAUGAAGUGACGGUGAUCAGCGCCCAUCCGAGGCCCUCGGUGUCAAUAGAUCACCGGGGGGCCACUUUCACUCUGAGGAGAGACCAUCCCAUUCGGAGGGAAUCGCCUCCAGUUGACUUGCCAUGCCAACUGAGCACAGAGUUGACCAGAACUAUUCGGUUCGGAAGUUCUCCCCGACGCGGAGGGCUACUAACGUUGGUCAACAAUCCCGAUUCUUCAACUCUGCCGCCCCCCACGUUGUCCCCUCAAAGAAGCCUCCCCGUCCGGCCGCCCACCCCCGGACUCUCCCCGCUGACAGUCAACCUUCCCAAGUCUCCUCCAUCAUCCCCAGGAGCCUCAUCCUCCGUCAUGAUCAGCCCCAUCUCCCCCGUGUCCCCAAAAUGUCAUCCGACCGCCGUGCUCGGCCCAUCUGUCAUCAUCGAGCCGCCGCGAAACGACCACCCGGCGACCGUGCGCUUCUGUCCGUCCGCGACAUCUCGACACCCAUCUGCCAGCUGCCCACCCACAGACCCGGAGACGCCGGUCCACGCGGAUAGAGAGAGGCGAGCGUCAUCGGCGGGGCCGCCUCUGGCGGGGGCCGUCAAACCGCCAUCUGGGCAAGGCCGCAGGGGCCGCAAGCCUCCGCCUUACCCUCACAACAGACUCUCAGACUGCGCAAAAACAACGCAGGAUCCCCGCAAAGCUCCUCCGUACCCUGAGAAAAGAAGACUGCUCUCAACCACGGUGUGAGACUGCGGCCCCUCCAACAGCAAGAGAGUUUCAAGGCCGGGCCACAAUGAGAUGAGACAGACCAGGUUUCCAAGGUGACAGAACGUAGACUUGGGGUGAGUAAGGAAAGAACAGCUUGUCUACAAAUCUCCCUGGUACUUAGACUCAACACACACACAGCCCAUCAUAACAUCUGUCCGGGUUAAUGUUCUGGUAACAAGAGCCCCUGUGCAGAUGCUCGCUUUGUACCCACAGAUUGCACUUUUUGGGCUUGAUGAUCCCAAAUUGUGGCCGCCAAAUUGUACGUUCACUCGAGCAGAUUGACGGGCUUUUUUUUUUUUUGGCGCUAGUCGUUUGACGCUUGAUGUACUAUGAUUGUGGCACAGGGUGUAAAAGCUGAUGAUUUUCAGAAUUUUAGAGAGCACCGUGAGUGCAAAAAGUUUCAAGUGCUGGAAUUGGAAGUGUCAGGGGAAAAGGCAAAUAAUGCGAGUUACACAAAAUAAAUCUGUUAAUUUGAUGAUUUUGGGGCAAGCCAGCAAAUGCAGAAAAGGCAUGUUUUGUUUGAUUUAACUCAUCCUGAUUGCGUGGGAAUUAGAUGUAUGUGUCCAUCCUGCGUAACGCUGACAGCACACCUUGAAAACUGAUCUGGGCACAAGGUAUGCCGAAAUGACACAGACAAAAUGAAAUGUAGUGUUGAAAUGACUCAUUCUCGUAACUGGCUCCAAGUCGGCACUUGGAUUAUUCAGAAGCUCCAAAAAUGCAUUGCUGAAUAGACGAUAUGUCGCAAUAUAUACACUGUAUAUAUAUUUUUUGGCACUUCAACAAAUGUUUACAUGUACACAAGUGGACAACAACUAUCUCCUGUCAUCUCUCGUUUUGCCUGUGCCU